GGCGCCCGGGCUGAGGGCUCAUGGGGCUGGGGGCCUGCGGAGGGGGCCGGGGCUGCCCCCCCUCCCCCACCGUGGCCCCCAGGGGGCCGGGGCCCAUCCACACCCCCACAUCCCAACCAGGGUUUUAGACCAGGCCUGUACUUGGGGGUAUGAAUUAUCAGAUGCCACCCCACCUUAACCCGUGAAACCCCCAUGGGGGUCAGGGGCCGUCGAGCCGCCUACGAGGGUGGUCUCUCCUCGCGUGGCUUCUAGGCGUUGGGGGUUUGGAGAGAGUGGAGGGACAUCUCUCCUCUACUGCUCCCCUUCAUUGGGGGUGUGGGUGGGGGCGAUGGGGGCCCAGCCAGGGGCACAGCUGGAUAGGCCUGUUUGCGGGGACAGGGCCCUGCACCUCUCCUUCGUCCCUCUCCCUUACGUUUCUUGUCCAGCCCCCCCCCAGGAAUGGGGCUUAGAGGGGCCGGGGCACCGCAGCCUGGGGUGGGGAGUGGAGCUCUGCCUGGACGUUUGCUCUGCUGUCUGCCUCCUUCCCAGCCUUCUGCAGAAGAGAGAAAUAAGGUCAAACAAACUUUCUCCCUACUCAAGACGCCCUCCUCCCUCUUUUCCUGAUUAUGUCUACUUUGAGAAUUCCUCUAGCAAUCCGUACCUCAUCAGAAGGAUAGAAGAACUCAACAAGACUGCAACUGGCAACGUGGAAGCAAAAGUAGUGUGCUUUUAUAGACGACGAGAUAUUUCCAACACGCUUAUAAUGCUUGCAGACAAGCAUGCUAAAGAAAUUGAGGAAGAAUCUGAAACAACAAUUGAGGCUGACUUGACGGAUAAACAGAAACAUCAGUUGAAACAUAGGGAGCUCUUUUUGUCUCGCCAAUACGAAUCUCUGCCUGCAACACAUAUCAGGGGGAAAUGCAGUGUUGCCCUUCUGAAUGAGACAGAGUCUGUAUUGUCAUAUCUUGAUAAAGAGGAUACUUUUUUCUACUCAUUGGUCUAUGAUCCCUCAGUGAAAACACUGUUAGCUGACAAAGGUGAAAUCAGAGUGGGACCUAGAUAUCAAGCAGACAUUCCAGAAAUGCUCUUAGAAGGAGAAUCAGAUGAGAGGGAACAGUCAAAAUUGGAAGUGAAAGUUUGGGACCCAAAUAGCCCACUUACAGAUCGACAGAUUGACCAAUUUUUAGUUGUAGCACGUGCCGUCGGGACAUUCGCCCGAGCCCUUGAUUGCAGCAGUUCUGUACGGCAGCCUAGUUUGCAUAUGAGUGCAGCUGCAGCUUCUCGAGACAUCACCUUGUUUCAUGCUAUGGAUACGUUGUAUAGGCACAGCUAUGAUUUGAGCAGUGCAAUUAGUGUCUUAGUACCACUUGGGGGACCUGUUUUAUGCAGAGAUGAAAUGGAAGAAUGGUCGGCCUCUGAAGCUAGUUUAUUUGAAGAGGCACUGGAAAAAUAUGGCAAAGACUUCAACGACAUACGUCAAGACUUUCUCCCUUGGAAAUCAUUGACUAGCAUCAUUGAAUAUUAUUACAUGUGGAAAACUACUGACAGAUAUGUGCAGCAGAAACGUCUAAAAGCAGCAGAAGCUGAGAGUAAGCUGAAACAAGUGUAUAUCCCAACUUACAGCAAACCAAAUCCCAACCAAAUAUCCACCAGCAAUGGCAAACCUGGUGCUGUGAAUGGAGCCGUGGGAUCCGCAUUCCAGCCGCAGAACCCUCUCCUAGGGCGAGCCUGUGAGAGCUGCUAUGCUACACAGUCUCAUCAGUGGUAUUCUUGGGGCCCACCUAAUAUGCAGUGUAGGUUAUGUGCAACCUGUUGGCUCUAUUGGAAAAAAUACGGAGGCCUAAAAAUGCCCACCCAGUCGGAAGAGGAGAAGUUACCUCCCAGCCCAGCUACAGAGGACCCUCGAGUUCGAAGUCACAUGUCUCGCCAGGCCAUGCAGGGGAUGCCGGUCCGAAACACUGGGAGCCCAAAGUCUGCAGUGAAGACCCGUCAAGCUUUCUUCCUUCACACUACAUAUUUCACAAAAUUUGCUCGUCAGGUCUGCAAAAAUACCCUCCGGCUGCGGCAGGCAGCAAGACGGCCGUUUGUUCCUAUUAAUUAUGCUGCCAUUAGGGCAGAAUAUGCAGACAGACAUGCGGACCUAUCUGGAAGUCCACUGAAAAGCAAAAGCACUAGGAAACCUUUGGCAUGUAUCAUUGGGUAUUUAGAGAUCCAUCCUUCGAAGAAACCUAAUGUAAUUCGAUCUACACCAAGCCUACAAACCCCAGCUACCAAGCGGAUGCUCACCACCCCGAAUCACACGUCUCUGAGCAUUUUGGGGAAAAGAAACUACAGUCAUCACAAUGGCCUGGAUGAAAGGCUCAUGAAGUGAAGGUGCAGCUCUGCUCUAUCCUGCAGACCUUCCUCAGGAUGGCGGGAGGCUGUGAAGGUGAGCGUCCCUGUGUCCUAACCCUGUGUCCUCUCCUGGUUGCAGAGCGUGUGAUGAGGGAGAGUAUCUGAGCCCUGCCUUGGCCCGAGCAGCUGAUCCCAUCUCAGCAGACACCCCCCACUUCCCUCUUAGCCACUUUCCUGAUAACCGAGCAGAAGUUUUCACAACAUACUGUGUAACACCAGAUGGUGACGUAGUUUGCCAGCACUUCUCCUUUUCAUUUACUUGUUUCUUUUGAGAGUGUCUGGAUGCCCAGCUCUGGGACAGGAGAGUUGAAGGUUUGGGGGCAAGUGGAGCGGGUGGGAACGACAGACACUGUGACACUGUGGGUGUUUGAGUUCACUCCCCUUCUGCAGAAAAAUAUGUCCCUAGCCUCCGAGUGCCCACAUCAUAUGAUUAGUUGUGGUUACCUCAGAUCAGGGUGUGCCUCCUGCAGGCCAGGUGUGUUCCCCAUUUCUCAGCAUCCAGUCAGAGAGGUUCCGUGAUGUUGCUCUGAUACGCAUGUCAGCACUUGCCUGGUGUGUUGCAGCGUCUUGCCGGUAACCACUACACCUGCCCAUCCAAAUCCCAGCUUUAAAGGUACUUCAGUGUCAUUCACAUAUCUUCUUGGCCUCAAUUAAACUUUCCUUAUGUCCACCCCUAAACGACAUUGCGAGCUCUCAUUUGAAUCAAUGCCCGACCUCCUUUCCUUGAAGGUUGUGAUGGUGGUGGUGGGAGGCCUGAUCCGCCCUUCCUCUCACCUUGCCUCCGCCGUCGGAACCUGUUUAACUUCGACCCUGUUUCUUUCCUUUUCCAGAAUUCACAUGCUGCGUGUCAGACUGAGCUAUCCCUGUUUAACCCUAUAAUCCAAGACUUGCUACUCUGUUCUGCUGAUGUUUACGGCCGUGCCACGAGGCAGCCCCCUCCCCAGAGCAUUUCAGUGGGAGACCUCCACGCGCCCCAUGGAGACUCGAUGGGGCAGGGGAAGAAACUGCAGGAGUGUACAUCCCCAAGGCUGUGUCUCCUUGUGUGAAUCAGUGUCACCUUGCUUUCCUCUCAGAGACCUCGCUGCCCCAGGGGGGACCUGCCUGGGGAAUCGAGGGGCUCAGGGAGCCACUCCACGUCCCCGCUUCUCCGGCGCUCCGCACCCUGGGCACUGCGGCUCCUGGGGCAGUGGGGCUGCUGCGGGCUCAGAGCCGCUGCUGCCCUGCAUGUGCCAGCUCAGCUCUGUCAUCAGCUGUGUGGAUGUGUACACGAGGGACACGGCAUCUUUCUGAAUGGAUUUUUCUUAAGAAAUGUGCCAGUGUUUAUGCAGUUCAUGAUAUUUCCCCACAUCCUUGCUGUCACUGUCACUCAGCUUUGACCUCAAUAGGCUUCAUUCCCCAUUUUUUUAAUGGGAAAAUUUUGUCCUUCACCCCAGGCGUCCUGUAUUUGACCCCCUCCCCCACCCCCACCCCCGCCAAGGUACAGAAUUACCUACGGUUCUGACAAAACAUAAGAAAGUCGUCUUUGGGAA